GGAUACUUGGUGUUGGGAGUUCUGGCAGAUUGGUGUGGACGACACCCGGUCCUGAUCCUGUCCGUCAUCUUCAUGUUAAUUUUCGGCAUGACGGUGGCCUUCUCCGUCAACGUCCCGAUGUUCAGCACCCUGCGCUUCUUUGAGGGCUUUUGCUUAGCAGGAAUCACGCUCUCGCUCUAUGCUCUGAGUAAGAUUUUUCCGGAGUCUCUGCGCUGGCUGCUUGCGACGCAGCAGUACAAUCGCUCCAAAUGGAUCAUGGAGCGCGUCGCCAAGAAGAACAACAUCAACCUAGAGGAGGACGCAGAGGAGCUCAUGACAGAGCUAAACCAAGCCCUGCCAAAGCAAGCCAAGAAGACAUGCAUUGUGAAGAUGGUUGGCACAAGGAACCUGUGGAAGAAUAUAGUAGUGCUCUGCGUCAACUCGUUGUCUUUCUCACUCCCCACAGACGACUCUGGUACGCUGAACUCCAACUUUUCAAUGGCUUUCUCCAUCAUUGGCAUGUUCUCCUCCCACGCUGUCAGCAACCUUAGCAUCUUUUUUUGUGCUGAAAUCACCCCAACUGUGAUUAGGGGUGGCGGUCUAGGCCUUGUCCUGGCCAGUGCUGGUUUUGGCAUGUUGACGGCACCCAUCAUGGAGCUGCAUAACCAGAAAGGCUAUUUUCUGCAUCACAUCAUUUUCGCCUGCUGCACUCUUAUCUGUAUCAUUUGCAUCUUGCUGCUGCCCGAGACUCGCAAUCGACCGCUUCCAGAAACGUUAGCGGAUGGUGAAAGCUACACCCGACAACCGUUACUGCCACCUCGCAAACCGGGCGAGCAACGCCUUUUGCUGACCAAGUCCGAGAGCCGCGAGUACGCGAGGGUAGGCGAUACGCCUCUCCACGAAGCAGCUGCCACUGCUAUUUCCACUAUGGACUCCACAGCCUCAUCCGCCAUCGAUCUUCAGAUGCUCAUUGAUGCCCCCGGCCAGGCAGAGAUAUUCAGUAUGAAGUCAUUGACUUCUACCCAAGAGCCAGCUGAAAUCCAGCAAGAGUAUCCCAGAUCUGCAUCCAUGCCGGGAACCUCUGCCUCAUCCGUAGAGCAUCCUCUCCUUGCCUCUAUCCCAAACACUUCAACCCCAAUCGCUAUUAAUUACAUUCAGACACCUAAACCAGAAUCUCCAGCCGUUCUGCCACCUUCAACUGUGGAAACUCCUUUGAUCACCGAUCCUUCCCUGGAGUCCCCUACUUCUUCCGAUCUCCAAACUCCUUCGCUUUUAGAUAUAGGUACACCAGCUGCUGAAUUCCCCUUGACUGUUGCUAAUGAUUUCAACAUCCUAACUGAAGUGGGCUCUGCAGGUCCCACCCAAACCUUUCCUCUCUGCGCAUCCACUGGACAAUCACCCACUCCGCCUUUAAACAACAUUCCCCCCUCUUCCUCAAUAGACUCUCCCGUUCACCUAGUCACUGAAAUUCUGCCCUCUUCCCCAACAGAACUGUCUUUACCACCAAUAUCGGACCAGUCUGGUCAAGUUAAUGCCAUCCCAGUUCAAUCCUUUUCUUCGCCCAUAGAUCCCGGCACUCCAUUGUUACAUUUAGUCGCCCAACCUGCGAUUAACUCCAUAGAAUCUGGCCCCCCUUCACCAGCCGUAUUGGAGCCAACCUUAAGUAAUAGUACCACUCCUCUUGCCACUGUGGGUUCAGCUGCACCCCAUGCCACAACCACUGACUCAGUUACAGAAUCCAGCCACCCACUUAUGACGAACUUGACUGUUUCCUCACCUAUUGACUCAGGUACAGCUUCAGACGUUGACUUGCCCAUCACAGAAACCAACACUGCCAAUGGGGAGACGUCUUCAUGACGGACACGUUCGCUCUGUAAGACUUGGUGGGCAGCCUUAUUAUCAAGAAGAAAUUCUUGUCGUGGGGGCUCAUGCCAGUCAUUGUUAGAAGUAUUUUUAUUUUCCAGCAGCCAUGACCCAAGAAUGGCAAUGCAAGGAGAAGGUAUAAAAGGAUUUGACUGAAAGGGAACAACCAUAAGGGUCGAUGCUCAAAGGGUUUUUACUCUCCAUUGGUUUCAAUGACUUAAAGAGGCUUCUUAGGGGACGUUCACACAGAGCGAGUUUUUCUAUUCCAAAGCUCUAUUUUCCAUUGUUUUUCUAUGUAAACACAGUUGACGGAUGUGUAUGACGCGUCUCGCACAUGAUUUUUGGUGUUAUUAUGGUAGGACAGUUAUUAGACAGGAAGCAAAGUGUGGGAGAGAGAGGGGGAUGGGAUUGGGAAAGGUCCGAGAGCCAGGACUCGAACUCGGGAUGCCCGAAGCGCAAUGCCGCUAUCUGUCGGUGUGCUGCCCACAAGGCUAUUGGCGCCGACUAUCGCCACGUUCUUAAGAUGUGGUGUCAAAAGAAUUUCAACUUUUACACACAGUGUAAUUAAUGUGAGUUCCAAAACAUCGGACCAAUCAGACGACCCUGGAGGCAGGGCAAGAGUUGCAAGCUUUUGUUGACGGUAUCAAGUUGGCAUGGCAAUUGUUUAAUUUGACAGAAAAUGGUGCAGCGCAGAAUCCCUCCUCCGAAAUAUUUCCAAGUUUUUAGAUGUAAAGACGCAUUCUGUGUGAACGGCCCCUUACUGUGGUGCCAGUAACUGCUUUUUGGGCCGCUAGAUCCAAAUUUCCAUGUGUUGUUAUUGAGCUUGUGUUAUUAAGAACACUAAGACCAAUAGUGACAAGUUCCCACUCUGGAAUUUUAUAUAGCCUAGCAAUUACUGAUAUCUGCUUGUUUGAUGGUAAUGAACAACAGGUAGGAUCACAUUAGUCAAAUGUGAUUAAUUCUGAGUCAUUUUCUCUCAAUCAUUUGACUCUUAAAUUUUGCGUUAUUCAGGUGGGAAUACGGCAUCUGUGAAGUCCAGUAUCAAAGGGAAUUUCUCAAAAGCCCAAACACUGUAUAUUUAACACUGGGAAUGUUUGCCAAUGUGUCUUGAAGUGGAAGGCAAAUACCUCUAUGAAUUAGGUGUCGAAGAAACACCAGUUUCUGUGUUCAAAAGAAUAAGUGCAGACAUAUAUGCAUAUUUCCAAACCUGAUGUAAAAUAGACACUACACAGAGACUGCUCAAAAUGGUAUUUGUGUGGUAUGUUUUAUUAAGCUAAUGUUUUUUAAGCUAAUCACUAGAUUCUGGUGGGGGGAAAAUAAUUUUGAGGAAUACAGAUGAUGUACUUCAUGGCUGUGUGUCUUAACCACAAUACACUCAAUCAAGUGUAUGCAACAGACGUAUUGUGAAUGUGAAAACUUUUGUAAUUUAUGCUAUUGUGGUACUGAUGUACAGUGGUACUGACUGCUUAAAAAAGAUUUUAGGUUACUAUGUCUGUAUCAAUGAGUGUAUGCCCAUUGGUAUUUUGUUACCAGUCUGUGGCACUUUAUUGUUCACAGUGACAAAAAAAAAGAAGCAUGUGAACAUGAAAAAAAUGAAACUUUCAAUGAAUGACGUUGACGUAAUGAGUCUACAAUUGUCAUCUUUCAUUUGUGGUACAUUUAUACCCACAGCAAUAAUAUAUUUAUAUUGUGCGACCCAUGCCA